UUUCACUCAUAAAAUCUCCUUUUCCCUUUUCAAUUCAUAAAAAAAUCCAAUCUUUACAUUUGCUGCGCCUUUUUUCUCUCGCUUUUGAGAGAAGCAGCCAUGGAUACAGCAUUGACGGGGCCAGAGCCCAUGGAGGCGAAGGUAAAGAUGGUGAAAUCGAUGGUCGGCUCUGAGGUGUCGGAACCCGACGUCCUCAAAGCUCUGUCGCUCUCCAACAACAACGUGCGCGAAGCCGUCGAUGUCAUCCUCGAUUCGCUGCAUCCGCAUUUAGCAGCGCGGGAAACUCUCACUUCCACCGGUGGGAGAAGAGUUCAGGUGAAUUCAUCGCGGGAUUUUGGGGAAGGGGUUUCUGUGAAUGUGGAAAAGAGGGACUGUGGCGUUGUUGAUAAAUGUGAUGCGGGUGUUGUGAGGGUGAAAGAGGAAAUUGAUGUGGGGGUUGCAGAGGAAAAGAGGGGGUUCAGUGAUGAGAAAAGGGCUGAAAUUAGGGUUAAAGAGGAGCCUAAUGUGGCCAUAGAUGUUAGUAUCGGAAGGGGUGAAAGGGAAGGGAGUGUUUUGACAAAAUGUGAUGCAGGUGUUGGGGCGAUGGAGUUUCUGAAAGUGAAGGAAGAACCUCAUGUGGGUUUUGUGGAAGGUGAGGUUUUGAAAGUGAAAGAAGAACCGGAUUUGGGUUUCGGAGACGAAAAGAAAGAUCAAAGUUGUGAUGAAAAGUCACUGGUUUUGGUGGGAAAAGUUGAAGAAGAGGCUAGACACGAGCCGAGUUCGGUGAUGGCUGCGAUUAGAGUGAAGGAGGAGGGGCAGGCUGAGUCAGAAGUAACUGUAACGAGCCGGUUGAGACCGGAGUGGGAAGUGAAGGAGUUGGUCAGUGUUCAGCCGCUUAGUGCGAGAAAAUUGUCCGAUGAUGAAUAUAAAAAGAUGCAACCGGGAUGUGAUGGCCACAGGGCUAAAAAGGCGAGGACGCAGGAGAAUGCCUUGAGUGCUGUGGUGAUCGAGGAUGGUGAUUUUCCGGAGGAGCUGGGGUGGUUGUUGGUUGGGAGGACGGUGGUCACGGGGCUGUCAACGACAAAGGGCAGGAAAUUGGAGAAUAAUGAGAUUGUGCAUUUUAUGUUUCCUGGACCUACCACAAAAACUAAGCUUAGCACCCAUUUUAUGAGUUCAAAGGCUGCUCAUGCUGUCUCCAGCAUUGUUCGUUUCUCGACAAAGAGAUAUGGAGAGAUUGGUCGUUUGCCAAUGGAAUGGGCAAAGUGCCUUAUUCCACUUGUAAAUUCAUCAAAGGUGAAGGUUCUUGGCCGUUGUGUUGCUGCUCCAGUUAAUCUUUGCAUGAUGCAAGAGAUUAUGUUGUAUGUGAGCUUUUAUAUUCAUGAAUCUGUCUUUUCGGAAGUUGAUAAGUCAUGGAAGCUUGAGGCUACAAAUAUUGACACCACCAUUUAUCCUCUCUUGAAGUUGUUUCAACUGCUGAAAGUCAGGCCAUUUCAAAAGGCACAGUUCACACCAGAAGAACUUGACUCCAGAAAGCGCUUACUACAAUUAGAUGAUGAUCCAGAUAAUUCUGCAUCUCUGUUGCCUUCAUUGAAGACAAGAAAGGGCUCUCAAGAUCAAAAGAUCCACGAAAAUCAUGAGCAAGUUAUUACAGAAGCAUCCUUGAAUAGGCUUGUUGGUGCUGUAGAUACCUAUAACUUACAGGAGAUGGAGCCUGCCGAGACUCUAGCUUGUGAUUUGAGGCCAUACCAGAAGCAGGCUCUUUAUUGGAUGUCUGAAUUGGAGAAAGGUGUGAAUAGCGAGGAAUCAGAGAAGACACUUCAUCCAUGCUGGGCAGCUUAUCGUGUGUGUGAUGAGAGAGCUCCGGAGAUUUACGUGAACCAAUUUUCUGGGGAAGCAACCACAGAAUUUCCAACUGCCAUGCAGAUGGCCAGAGGAGGGAUUUUGGCAGAUGCAAUGGGACUUGGGAAGACUGUAAUGACAAUUGCUCUGAUACUAUCAAGAAGAGGACAUGGCAUCCCAGAUGGCCAAAUGGUUGUAGCUGAACGGGGUUCAAAUGAUAGCAAUAAUAGCCAUAUUAGUUCUAACAGCCUGAGGAGAAAGAGAGGUGGCACCCUAAUUGUUUGUCCGAUGGCUUUACUUAGCCAGUGGAAGGAUGAGUUUGAAGCCCAUUCGAAACCAGAUAGCAUCACAGUCUUCAUUCAUUAUGGUGGGGACAGAACUAGUGACCCUAGGGUGAUAGCAGAAGCUGAUGUUGUCUUGACAACAUAUGGUGUACUGACUGCUGCGUAUAAAAGUGAAAAUACGAACAGCAUUUACCACAGAGUAGAAUGGCAUCGUGUGGUUCUAGAUGAAGCUCAUACAAUCAAAUCAUCCAAGACUAUAGCUGCUAAGGCUGCAUUUGCAUUGACCUCAUAUUGCCGCUGGUGUCUUACUGGCACUCCACUUCAGAACAAUUUGGAAGACUUGUUCAGCCUUUUGUGCUUCUUACAUGUUGAACCAUGGUGCAACUGGGCCUGGUGGAACAAGCUGAUUCAGAAGCCUUAUGAUAAUGGUGACAUGAGAGGGUUGCAAUUGGUGAAAGCAAUCCUCAAACCCCUUAUGUUGAGGAGAACAAAGGAGUCUAAGGAUAAACAUGGAAGGCUCAUACUUGUUCUACCACCUACUGAUGUCCAAACCAUCGAGUGUGAACAAUCUGAAGCCGAGCAGGACUUUUAUGACGCUCUUUUCAAGAGAUCUAAAGUACAAUUCGACCAAUUUGUUGCUCAAGGAAAGGUUCUCCAUAACUUUGCGAAUAUUCUCGAGCUGCUACUUCGGCUGAGGCAAUGUUGCAACCACCCUUUCCUAGUUAUGAGUCGAGGUGAUACAGAAGCAUAUGCAGACUUGAACAAACUGGCAAGGAGGUUCCUCCAGUCUCAGUCUGAUGGAGGCUCUGGAACUGGUCCUUCUCGAGCUUAUGUUGAAGAAGUUGUGGAGGGUAUUCGCAAUGGUGAAAAUACCGAAUGCCCCAUUUGCCUAGAGUCCUCAGAUGACCCAGUGUUAACCCCCUGCGCGCAUAGGAUGUGUAGGGAGUGCCUUCUCUCUAGCUGGAGGACUCCAGCUGCCGGGCUCUGCCCCAUAUGCAGGCAGGUGAUCAGUAAAGCUGAUCUGAUCACAUGCCCAUCUGGAAACAAAUUCAGAGUUGAUGUUGAGAAGAACUGGAAGGAAUCUUCAAAGAUAACCAAACUCUUGCAGUGCUUAGAAGAUAUACGCAGCUCGGGUUCCGGUGAAAAGAGCAUAGUAUUCAGCCAGUGGACUUCGUUCUUGGAUCUCUUGGAAAUUCCACUCAAGAGGAAGAAUAUCAAAUUUUUGAGGUUUGAUGGCAAGUUGGCGCAGAAACAACGAGCGAAGGUCCUCCAUGAGUUUGCUGAGACUACUGAAAAAACAGUACUGUUGAUGUCGCUUAAAGCAGGUGGUGUGGGUCUGAAUCUGACUGCAGCUUCAAAUGUAUUCCUAAUGGAUCCAUGGUGGAAUCCUGCAGUAGAGGAGCAAGCAAUCAUGCGAAUUCACCGGAUUGGCCAAAAGCUGACUGUUCGUGUUAGAAGAUUCAUUGUCAAGGACACUGUGGAGCAGAGAUUGCAGCAAGUUCAAGCAAGAAAGCAACGGAUGAUCGCUGGAGCACUGACCGAUGAAGAAGUCCGAUCAGCCAGGAUUGAGGAGCUUAAGAUGCUCUUUAGAUAGAUUUAUUAAGUCAUAUAUUUGUGUAUCCCUGUAGUUCCUCCAUUAAGUUAGUUUUGGAUAUUUGAGGGAAACAUGUGUUUUUGUAGAGGGUACACAAUUUCUCUAGCAUGUUUUGUAUAGCAUCUGCCAUCUAUCUACCUAUCAAAUUUAAUGUUA